UUAUGUACAUCAUAUAUCUCUGGCAGUGCAUGUACAUGCAAGGAUAAAAGCCACUCAGAUAGAAAAACCAGAAAAGCACCUUCAGGAAACCAGGGAGGGGGCAAACUCAUGGCCCGAAGUCUGGGAGGCACGAAACCAAAAGAAGCCAAGGGGAGUGGACCUUUUUUCUUUGUGGGGGGGAGGAAUGGAGCCCCCAUAGUAACAGCAUAUUGUGAGAGCAAAGGGUGGCACCGCCUAUAUGACAAGAGAAGAAAUGACUACAUACUCAAGUGGUGUGAGAUCAAGUCAAAAAUCGCCUACAACAGUUUCAGAGAAGGACAGCAGCUGCUGUAUCAGAUCCCAAACAACAGUGUGCUGACCACGAAGAUUGGGCUCCUGAACAGCUUGAGAGCAUUUGACAGGGUCAAUAGCAAGCUCCCGCAAGGCUGUGGGCUGAGGAAGCUGAAGAUGGAGGACUUUAUCCCAGAAACAUCUCGCAUGGAUGUUAGAGAUGAACAGGAAGCAUUCUUUGCACAGCUAGAAGCUCAAUCCAUUCCAUGGAUCUGCAAGCCUACAGGACUGAAUCAGGGGCAGGGGAUCUUCUUGCUGAGGACAGAAGAGGACAUCAGGGUCUUUCAAAUCCAGCUACAGAGUCUCAAAGACCACCAAACUUCCAGGAAGUCAUACCACCAGCAGCCUUAUAUUGUUCAAAGGUACAUCCAGAACCCUCUGCUUCUCAAGGGCAGGAAGUUCGAUGUGCGAUCCUACCUUCUCAUUGCUUGUACUACACCCUACAUAGUGUUCUUUCGACAUGGAUAUGUACGACUGACCUGUGACAUCUAUGAUCCAAACUCCAGCAACCUUUCUACACAUUUAACCAAUCAGUACAUACAGAAGAAGCAUCCACAGUAUAAAGUGUUUAAGGAGGAUACAGUUUGGUCCAUGGAGUCCCUCAAUGUCCAUCUCAACCAGCAUCACUGUCAGGAUAAGGCCCUCUCACAAGACUGGGUCUUUGGAGCUUUUACAAAGCGCAUGCAGCAGAUUGUAAUGCAGUGCUUCAUGGCAGUGAAGAACAAGCUGAAUAGAAAGCUUGGCUACUUUGACCUCAUUGGCUGUGACUUCCUGAUCGAUGAAGACUUUAAGGUGUGGCUCCUGGAGAUGAACUGCAACCCCGCACUGCACAGCAGCUGCAGGGUGCUGAAGGAGACAGUGCCUGCUGCUGUUUUUGAGACCCUGGACAUAACCUUGGAGAUCUUCAAUAAGUGCCGCUGCGGCCUCCCUGUGUUCCCACUGUCCAGCCAGAGGGAGUUUGUCCUGCUCUACAGUGGAGAGGAUAAGCCUGCCCUCCCUCCGGGCAGCAAUGUGCGGGGGCCUGCCCUCCCCCAGGGCAGCAAUGUGCGGGGGCCUGCCCUCCCCAAGGGCAGCAAUGCGCGGGGGCCUGCCCUCCCACAGGGCAGCAAUGUGCGAGGGCCUGCCCUCCCCCAGGGCAGCAAUGCACAGGGGCCUGCCCUCCCACAGGGCAGCAAUAUGCGGGGGCCCGCCCUCAGGCAUGUGGGACAUCCUGGAAGGACACCAAGGAGGGAGGCCGGCCUCAGAAGGCCUGCUAUGGUGCAGCACAACCAAGCUGAGAAAACUCUUAAGCUCCCCCAGCACUGCAUAAAGAUGCCUCCUAAUGCCAAGACAACUUCUACUGACAAAAGCACUGUGAUCUCCAGGCCUGUACCCACUUUCUCCAUGGCAUCUCACUCCACAACCCAGCACUGGAAAUCCAAACCUCAUCUUCUAAGUAAAUCCCAUUCAAAACUGGCUCAGGUCCAGCAGCACUCACAAGUCAAGUUGAAUGCUAGGGUCAUAAUCAGCAGGAUCCACAAUCAUUUGCUUGCCGACCAACGACCGGAGCAGUAUCGCUUUGCACCUAAGAAGUCUACCAUCGACUGCAUCCCGGCACUGAGGGUUGUCAUCAAGUGCAACCAUCUCUUUGAGCCUUAA